CACACAGCAGCAGGACGGUGCCUUAGUGAGAGGCUGUGCGUUUCCUGCUCUUGGCAGACGCUCCCUCACUCUCAGUGCAGGCAGAGCUGAGAGUGGGUCUCUCUCCCCUGGAUCUCGCACUAGUACUGGGUGGUUAGUGUGCAAGAGAAUGCAGCAGGGCUGAUGCCAGCACCCCCCACAGGGCAGCACUCAGGGGAGGGGGCAGAAGGUGCUGCUGUGGAUAUAAAUGAAAGGAAGAUUUGCACAUUGGUUGGGAUCACACCCAUUAUGAGAGAGCAUUGCUACAACCGCCCCAGAUAACCAUCCAGCUAUGAGGAUCCGUCACAGAGCUCCUGCAGUGGGACGUGUGGGCUUACAGACCCAUGACCCAGGCUUUGGAGUAGGUCUAUGGUAGAUGUAUGAUGAGGUCGCUGCACAUAGGACUGGAUUUAUCACUGGUUUGCGGUUAGUUAGUUUUUUUCCCCCUGUUCCCAUCUCUGGAGCAGAGUUGAAAUUGCCACGGCUGCAAGUAAUUUGAUCAGCAUCUGCAAACCUCCUCCUGUGCUCUGCCCUGCAGCCUCACAAGGGCUGCCCAGCUGAGGGCCGCCUGGUCUCCCUCCUGCAGCCUGCCGCUGGGCAACUUCAACAGAAGCAAACUACAGUUUUUUUUUCUCACUUUGUGUAACCAUGGGGCUCGUUGCCUGGUACGGUCUCCUUCUUCUUCUCACCAGCAUUGCGUCUGCCAGCAAGCCUUGCUUCCCGGGAUGUUCAUGUGAAGUGGAAUCAUUUGGUUUGUUUGACAGCUUUAGCCUGACCAAAGUGGAUUGCAGUGGGGUGGGUUCCCACAUUCUUCCCGUCUCUCUCCCUCUGGAUACAACUUACCUGGAUCUAUCGUCAAACAAGCUGGAAAGUGUCAACGAGUCUGCGUUGUCUGGACCUGGCUACACCACCCUGAUCAACCUUAACCUGAGUUACAACCGGAUUGUGAGAAUCUCUUCUACCACAUUCUCCAAAUUGCGAUACCUGGAGUCUUUAGAUUUGAGCAACAACCGGCUGGAGGCUCUUCCAGAUCACAAUUUCUUUUACUCGCCCCUCGUGGAACUUGACCUGAGUUUUAACACGUUAGUUGACAUUAAGAUCAAUGCAUUCGCCUCUCAAAAUAAUGGCAAAGCCAUAAGCAUUGAUCUUUCAAAUAAUUUGAUCAGCUCUAUAUCGAGAAGUUCUGAUGGUCCCGUUCCAAACAUCCGGAGUUUGAAUCUGUCCGGAAACCGAUUACAUUCGGUGUGCAAUCUUCAAGGAAUUCCUGUACGUUAUCUUAACUUGGAUAAAAACCCCAUUUCUAAAAUUGAGAAGAAUGACUUUUUGGGGCUUAAAGACUUAACGCAUCUGUCUCUCAGUAAUAUGGAAAAUUUAACUGAGAUUGCUCCACACAGCUUUAAUGAGUUAUCCUCUCUCCAAGUUCUUGACUUUUCAAACAACCCCAACCUAAAAACUCUUAGCAAAGAUGUCUUUUUUGGCUUGAACUCCUUACAAGAGUUGAACUUGAUAAACUUAGGUUUGGCCUCUUUACCCAAGAACACCCUCACAUACUUACCAGCCAUGAAAAGUAUUACCUGGGGGAAAAACAUUCAUUGUAUCAAGACUAUGAAGGAAAGCCAGUUCCAUCUACAAAACGGACUGGUCCGAAGGGAAGUCCUGGUGUGCCGUAAUGAUCGAGGUGCUGUGCCAGCACAAGACGUGUUGUAAUUUUUCAUUCUCGUGUACAGAGUUCUGCCUAUUGAGAGACCAUGUGCCUUUUUUUGAAAAGAUUUGUCAGUAAUUUAUUAAUUGUUUUUUGUUUUUGUUUUUUUAUUUUUAUGAGCAAUUUUAGUUUAGACUUCUCACUGCAGCAGCCAUGCAUUAUAACUUUUUUUUUUUUGUACGGAUUUACAAAUCAACAGAUUCCUACCAAUCCACGUUUGGACGAGUGUCCAUUACCGACCAAUAUGUAAAGACUUUUUUAAUAUGUUUAAUUUUUUUUUAUAUGUGCUAUGCUUGAAUAAAAGGAAUUUUUUACAUUUUA